AUGCCGCGUGCCCACGACGACUGGGACGACAACGCCCCCGCCACCCACAACGGUGGCAACGCGCCUAACCAGCACCACGGUCACCGCACCUCGCGCCAGCAAGGCGGCGACAACGCCUCGCACCAGCACGGCGUCAACCGCACCACCCACCAGAACGGCGUCAACCACCCCUCGCGCAAGCACGGCAACCGCGCCUCGCCCCAGAACGGCAUUGACACCUCGCACCACGGCGGCGGCCACCACCGCAACGGCGUUUCGCACCAGACCGGUGGCAACGCCUCGAACCAGCCCCUCAACGGCGACGCCCCCCUCGAGGAGGGCGGUCGUCGUCAUCGUCGUGGUUGCCGUCACCGCCGCGUUAGCCGCCGCGACGACGACAAUGACAACGACGAUGACCGCUACGAGGCCCUCGCUGCUGGUGGUGGCCGCCGUGACUACGACUCCGACCGCCGUACUGGUCGCGACGGUGGCCACGACCGCCGUAACACCCGUUCGCGCAGCCCUGCUCGCCACAACCCCGUCAAGCAUGAAGACCGCCAUGACCACGACGGUAGCAACGGCCACUUUGGUCCUCAGUACAACAGCCCUGCUCCUCAGUCCAACAACGCUGCUCCUCAGUCCAACAACGCUGCUCCUCAGUCCAACAACGCUGCUCCUCAGUCCAACAACGCUGCUCCUCAGUCCAACAACGCUGCUCCUCAGUCCAACAACCCUGCUCCCAAGACCACCUUCGGCAUGGCCUGUUACGACAAUGAGCACCGUCAUCACAUCACCGCAAUUUUUCUCGAACGCAUGUUUUUCGAGUACUGGAGGAGCAACCCCGUGCGCGCCUCUGAGAUCAUUGAGGAGGAGCUCCCCGCCAAUACCCGUGUGAGCUACGGCCACCUGUGGUACCCUAAUGAGGACCCCAACCGCCGUCUCGAUGACAAUGACUUCUUUCCUUGCAUCGGCCGCCGGCAGAUCCCAGGCGUCAACGGCUACUACUACGACCACCUUAUCGGCCCAACUACUCGCGAGUUCCUUUUCCGCCGAUUCCUUCGCGUUAACCCACGCCGCGCUGCAGAUCUCCUCAGUGUGAUAUCGCCAAACCGCACCCCGCUCAACCACCACCAGAGCACGAGCGGACAGCAGCCUGCCGUUGGAGGCAACGUGGCCCGCCCCCUCGCGACCUCGAACAUCCAAACCGACCGCUACGAGCCCGAGAUCGUUCAGUGCGUGCGUGAGGACGAACGUCGCCGUGCCCUCCAGAUCGGAGGCGGCUCUGUUGCCGGUGAGGACAAGAUUGGCACCGGGCUCGCCGGCCAGAAUGGCCACAACGCGGCGUAG